AUGGUGACUAAGAACUAUCAGCACGUCUUGGCUUUGGAAUUUGCAGUAAAAAAGAUAAAUGAAAAUCCCUUCAUUUUACCCAAUGUCACCCUGGGAUUCCACAUGUAUGAUAUCUACUCUGAUGCCAGAUUGACUUACCAAGCCACAAUGCAACUUAUUUCAACAAAAAACAAAUUUAUUCCCAAUUACGAGUGUGGCCUCAAGAAUAAACUAAGUGCAAUCAUAGGGGGACUUCACUCAGAGACCUCCCACCUGAUAACAAAUGUUUUGGGUAUCUAUAAGACUCCACAGCUCCUGUAUGGUUCCACUCUAAAGAGGACAGGUAAAACUGAAUUCCUUUCCCCUUAUCAGAUGGUUCCAGAUGACGCCCUUCAGUAUAUAGGAAUUCUUCAGUUACUCCUCCAUUUCAAAUGGUUAUGGAUUGGAUUCAUUGCUGAUGAUAAAGAUAAUGGAGAAAUGUUUCUGAAGCUCAUGCUUCCAUUAUUUUCUGAGAGGGGUAUCUGUUUAGCUUUCGCAGAAACAUGCCCUGAGAAUGUAAGCUUUGAAGAUUAUAAGGAAGAUAUAAUAAGAAAAGGGUCUGAAAUGUAUGAAAAAGUCAUGAGCAGUGCAGCCAAUGCUUUGGUCUUCUACGGAGAAGCUGAUUCCAUCAUAUUUUUGAGAUGGGUGCUACACUUUCCAGAAAUAGAAGUCAGUUUAUGCAAACCAAAGGGUAAAGUCUGGAUUUUUACUGCCCAGAUGGAGAUAAAAUCACUUGUUUAUCAAUGGGUUUGGGAUAUUCAGGUUCUCCAUGGUGCUUUGUCUUUUGCAAUCCAUUCUAAAGACCUGCAGCAAUUUAAAAUGUUUAUUCAUGGAAGGAAACCUUCCAGUGUAACAGGAGAUGGUUUAAUCAUAGAUUUCUGGGAACAGGCCUUUCGCUGUGUUUUCCCCAAUACUUUUUCAGGUCAAAUUGAGGGUGAUAUCUGCACUGGAGAGGAGAGACUGGAAAGCCUUUUGGGACCCUUUUUUGAAACAAGUAUGACUGGUCACAGCUACAGCAUCUAUAAUGCUGUCUAUGCAGUGGCCCAUUCCUUGGGUGCAUUGUUCACAUCAAAUUCCAGAUCUAGAAUAAUGAUGAAAGAAGAGAAGACAAUAAAACUGAAUUAUCAACCAUGGCAACUUCACUCCUUUCUGAAGCAAGUCUGGUUCAACAACAGUGCAGGAGAUGAGAUCUUUUUUGACCAGAAUGGAGUAGUAGUAGCAGGAUUUGAUAUCAUAAAUUGGAUUACAUUCCCAAAUCAGUCCUUUGCUAGAGUAAAGAUUGGAAGAAUGGAUCGCCAAAACUCUAAUCUUAACCAAGCAUUUACCAUCAACCAUGAUGUUAUUGUGUGGCACAACUGGUUUAAUCAGACACAGCCUUUUUCUGUCUGUAAUGACAAUUGUCAUUCUGGAUAUAGCAAGCAAAAGAAGGAAGGGAAACCCUUCUGCUGUUAUGAUUGCGUUCCAUGUUCAGAAGGGAAGAUAUCUACAAUAAAGGAUGCAGCUGAGUGUAUUCAAUGCCAAGAAAAUAAUUAUCCAAACAAAGAUCACAAUUUAUGCAUUCCCAAGAGCAUAGACUUUUUGUCCUAUGAAGAACCCCUGGGGAUUGGUUUAAUUCUCGGGAUACUUUCAUAUUCCUUAAUAACCAUUCUGGUUCUAGGAAUAUUUCUGAAGCACCACAACACCCCUAUUGUCAAAGCCAACAACAGGAAUCUCACAUACAUUCUCCUCCUCUCACUCUUACUCUGUUUUCUUUGUGCAUUACUCUUUAUUGGCAAACCUACUCAGGUGAUCUGUCCUCUCCGACAAACUACUUUUGCCAUUACAUUUUCAGUGGCUAUUUCUUGUUUGUUGGCCAAAACCAUGACUGUUGUUUUGGCUUUUAUGGCCACUAAUCCAGCAUCAAGGAUGAAAAAAUGGGUAGGGAGAAAACUAGGCACUUCCGCUAUUCUUUGCUGUUCCCUUAUUCAAGCAAGUAUUUGUGCUGCAUGGCUGACAACCUCUCCCCCAUUUCCUUCUGUUGAUAUACACUCAGUGUCUAAUGAAAUUGUCUUGCAAUGUAGUGAGGGAUCCGAUGGAAUGUUUUACUAUGUUUUUGGUUAUUUGGGUUUCUUGGCAUGUGCAAAUUUCACUGUAGCUUUCCUUGCCAGGAAAUUACCUGAUAGUUUUAAUGAAGCCAAGUUCAUCACUUUCAGCAUGUUGGUUUUCUGCAGUGUUUGGCUGUCCUUUGUUCCAACAUAUCUGAGCACGAAAGGUAAAUACUUGGUGGCUGUGGAGAUUUUUUCAAUCUUAGCUUCCAGUGCUGGGCUGUUGGGCUGUAUUUUUUUCCCCAAAUGUUAUAUUAUUUUGCUGAAACCUAAGCUAAAUACAUGGGAACAAUUAACAAGAAAAAAAUCCCUAAACAUUAUAAAUUUUUAG